AUGAAGCGAAUCCUCACCAAUGUUAAUACCUUCGCACGAAGACGUCAGAGUUUACACAUCGCCAAUCUACGACCUCUAUCUCUCACGAAUCAUCCAAGAACAAUACCCAUAUCGACGAUAACCCAAAAUCUCCACACCGCUUCUUCUAAACAGAACGCAACUCCGACUGCAACCCCCCAAGAUGUCGGCCCUUCUUCUUCCUCGAAUCCGCAAAUGGCAUUCCCAUGCCUCGAUGCCCUCGAGACCCGUACUUCAAAUCUUCUAAACAAUUCCACUCCUGUUAAGAAGUUUAGCAGCGGUAGUGGUCCUGAACCUAGCUACACCUCCGGCCCCCACCAGAGUUUCCACUGCCCCACCCCUCUCCAUCUAGACUGGGGCGGUACUCUCUCAGCCUACACAAUCGCCUACGAAACCUGGGGUACUCUAAACUCCAAUGCUUCAAACGCCAUCCUCCUCCACACCGGUCUUUCAGCAUCCUCCCACGCACAUUCCACACCCUCGAAUCCAUCGGUAGGAUGGUGGGAGAAAUUCAUCGGACCGGGGAAAGCAUUAGAUACUAACAAAUAUUUCGUAAUCUGUACUAAUGUCAUCGGAGGGUGUUAUGGUAGUACUGGACCUAGUUCUAUCGAUCCAUCUACUACUACUACUUCAACAAGUAAUAAUGGGGGGAAAGGAGAACCGUAUGCUACGAAAUUCCCGAUUGUGACGUUGGAAGAUAUGGUUCGUGCGCAGUUUACGUUAUUGGACCAUCUGGGUAUUCAAAAGUUGUUUGCAAGCGUGGGGAGUAGUAUGGGUGGGAUGCAAAGUCUUGCUGCUGGGGUUUUAUACCCCGAAAGAGUCGGUAGGGUGGUUUCUAUCAGUGGAUGCGCGAGAAGUCAUCCUUAUAGUAUUGCUAUGAGAUUUGUUCAACGACAAGUAUUAAUGUCCGACCCAAACUGGUCCCGCGGCCACUACUACUCCUCAAUCCCUCCACACAUAGGAAUGAAACUCGCCAGAGAAAUAGCAACGGUAACCUACCGUUCCGGUCCAGAAUGGGAACAACGUUUCGGCCGUCUUCGCGCCGAUUCCACAAAACCACCGGCUUUGUGUCCGGACUUCAAAAUCGAAACAUACCUGGACCAUGCGGGUGAGAAAUGGUGUUUGGAAUACGAUGCGAACAGUCUUUUGUAUAUCUCCAAGGCUAUGGAUUUGUUCGAUUUAAGCGAGGGAGUGCAGAAGGAUGCGAGGGUUAGGAGGGAGUCGUAUACGUUACGACGGGGUGGGGAUAUAGAUGAGGGGGGACAGUGUACGCUUACCCUCCCCGAUGAAGCAUAUGAAGAACAAGAACAAGAACAAGAAGAACAAGCUCCAUCGUCGUCAUCAUCAUCAUCAUCACACCGUCAACCACCCAGGGAUUUAAUAGCAGGGUUAUCACCUUUAAAAGAUCAUAAAGUCCUAGUUAUAGGUGUAGCAUCAGACAUAUUAUUCCCAGCCUGGCAGCAAAGGGAGAUUGUAGAUGCUUUGAAAGAAGGUGGGAAUGAAAAUAUUACUCAUGUGGAGUUGGGAGAGGAUAUUAGUUUGUUUGGACAUGAUACUUUCUUGUUGGAUACUGUUAAUGUUGGGGGUGUUGUUGGGGAGUUUUUGAAGGAGUGA